GGUAUUGUGAAUCAUCCUAGUAUAAAAUCAAUGGUAGCGAAGUUGGCAUUCUCUAUCAAUGCUUAUGCAGAGACACGUGGCCAGUAUAACAUCAUCUAAAAUGUGUUCCCGCAACCUAGCGUUUUCGUUGGCACUUAUAAUCGCACUGGUACCCCUGGCAGCCGUAGCGUUACCUCAUCACAGUGUCGCCAAGCGCAGUUCGUUUUUCGACAUAGAGUGUAAGGGACAGUUCAACAAAGCGAUCUUCUACCGGCUGGAUCGGAUAUGCGAAGACUGCUAUUCGUUGUUCCGCGAACCACAGAUUCUGUCCUUCUGCAAAGAGGAAUGCUUCGGGACGGACUACUUUCUGGCCUGUGUGGAAGCGCUGGUUUUGGAUGAGGAGACGGAAAAAUUCAUGAAGUGGCGCGAAAUGUUGGGGAAGAAGUAAUUCUAUCGAUUUGAUCUUCAACUGCAGCUGUAUUCUUAUUUAAUGGACAAAUAUUGAUUUUUUUUUAACGCACAAAGGGACAGUGAGUGUAGGCAAUUUGUUUGGUAAGAUUUGCUUUUUUCUACUGAAACUUUUUGCUUAUUGCAUGCAAAGACAGGAAAAUUCAUAGCAGUUUAUAGAUAGAUUGAAAGCAAACUUAUACAGCAGCGACUGAACAGGAAGGACAGGGAGAAAGCCGACGUGUACAUAAUUAACUGAUAAAUAAAUAUUUAUUUAUAAAUAAUGUUUAACAACGAACAAUACUAACUUAGAGAGAAGCUGAGAAAGUUGGCAGAAUGAAAAAUGUCUAGACAUUGUUAGGGAAUGUAGUAAUUGUUGGUUCUAUUGCAGAAUUGUUACUAGUAACACAAUUACACAAACGAAUUCAGUCCUAGUUCUUCAUGAAAUUCAAGGCAAAUGUGUACCGACCGGAAGUGUUUCUAGUUGGGGGAACGUAACGAGGCCACAUCCGGCUUCUCGGUACAUUCCCCUAACCGAAAGAAGGAGAUUAGAUAUGUAUAAAAUCGAACUGUGUUUCAGAGAGAAAGAGAGAGCGAGCGAAAGAGCGAGCAUUGUUCAUUUUGUUCAGACAAAUCAUAUCUUCAAUGACAUGCAAAAACUCUAGAGUAUCUUGAAAAUAUCUUAUGCUUAUGUAUUUAUAUUUUCAAAAAAUAUAUUUCUUUAAAAUCUAGUCCAGAAAGCGCACAUUUACGUUUAGUUAUUUAUGAUGAAGGAAAACAUUACAUCAACUCGAACGAUCAAUGUUAAGUAAGAAGUAGAUUCUGUAUUUUUCACCUUUGUUAGUAGCCUUAUUUGUUAUGGCUUGAAAAGUAUGAUGAAAUCAUUUUCAUUAACACUUUCCAUCGCUUUUUGUUUCUUGGCUCAUUGUCGGGUUUCGAUAGUGCUGAUAAUCUGUACCUUUUUCAUCUGUUUCCUAACUACACUCAUUACCAAGUUGGCUUCUUCUCACUAUAUAAGAAGAACAACCGGGCGCUACAGGAAAGCAAACACGCAAAUCUAAAUUACCAAACCUUACGUACCCGAAACGUGCGCUGAACUUUUCUCGUAAUGUAUAAAAUAUGUCAAGGAAAGUGUAAAUUAUUAACAUUCCUCAUAAGACAGUAUUUUCUCUCUCAAAAAUAGUCUAAUCAAGUAAUAGAAAACGACAAACACAUAUAUUUCAUUUCUCUACCGCAAAACGCAAGCUUUGGGGUGCAGAUUUGAUCAAAAUAGCUAGGAACCAUAUAACGGAGCAAUGACUUCCUAUAAAAGCAACGUCAAUCUGAGCAUCGUUUCAAUUCAUCACUUUGUCAGGCUCAAAAACUCAUCAAUAAUAACUAAUAGCGAGAGUGCGAUCAAGGACUGUCACUAUUUUCCGCUUUGUUUUAAACAUCAUGUCAUUAUCAUUGUUAUCAGAGACGACUCGUUUUAAGUUUCUCGCACAAUCUUUUCACUAACUGUAACUUAACUUAUUUCACUUCGAAUAAUUUAUCUUUAAACUAUCGAACGAAGCAGCGUACAAGAAAGCUAAACAAGCUAAAAAACCGAAAUCAAUGGAACAGUCGAGUUAUAGUAGUAGUUUUGAAAACAUCUGAAACACAAAACACACACACACAUACACCAGUUGAUAGUUUUUAACGUUAAGGAUUAUUUGUAACAUUCGUUGAUUGCCAUUUUUUUUAAACAAACUAUUCUAAUUUUUUGUACAUGACUAAAACUUCAAAACUAACCAGAGCGAAUUAUAAGUUGCCCUAUUUAUAAUUCUUGUUGCUGGGAGGAAUGCUGUUCUCGAGAGAAAAGCUAUGCAGAAGAAAACAAAAUAAAACAAAAAUCUGAAAAAAUGAACCCUUUUUGUGAACAAUGAUGAACAAACAAAACUGAUAUUAUUCAUAUAUUUAAACGAAAAUACGGGGAAACAAUAAAAAGAAAUAUCAAUGAGCAUAACAGAA